AUGUCGAACAGCAUCGUGGGGACCUUGGCCUCGCCAUGGGCGCUCUUGCUUGUUCCUAUUCUUUAUUUCGUGCUUCCAUACCUCCGGAAUUGGAGUCUGUUAAAAGUUCCCGGCCCACUACCCGCUGCUCUCACGAAUUUAUGGCUUAUGUACCAAGCCCGGAGGGGACGGCGGUACAAGGCAGUCGACGCACUGCACAAGAAGUACGGCAAGGUGGUUCGGAUCCAACCCAACCACGUUUCGAUAGCAGACGACAGCGCCAUCAACGCCAUCUAUGGGCAUGGCAACGGGUUCCUGAAGAGCGACUACUACGACGCCUUUGUCUCAAUCCGUCGCGGCCUAUUCAACACGCGCGACCGCGCCGAACACACGCGCAAACGCAAAGUCGUCUCGCACACCUUCAGCGCCAAGUCGAUCGGGCAGUUCGAGCAAUACAUCCACGGCAACCUGGAGCUCUUUGUGCGGAAAUGGCGCGACCUGGCGACCAACCGCGCCAACCCCUCGACAGGCUACGCCAGCAUUGAUGCCUUGCACUGGUUCAACUACCUGGCCUUCGACAUUAUUGGCGACUUGGCCUUCGGCCAACCCUUCGGCAUGCUCGAGCGGGAAAAGGACUUUGCCGAGAUCCGUAAGUCGCCGGACGCGCCGCCCCAGACCGCCCCCGCCAUCGAGGUUCUCAACCGCCGCGGCGAAGUCUCGGGCACGCUGGGCUGUUUGCCUGCCCUUAAACCCUACGCGAAAUACCUCCCCGACCCGUUCUUCAGCCAGGGCGUCGAAGCCGUGGAAAAUCUCGCAGGCAUAGCCAUCGCGCGGGUCAAGCAGCGGCUCGACAACCCCAGCACGGACCGCGUCGACCUGCUCGCGCGCCUGAUGGAGGGCAAAGACGCCCAAGGCCACAAGCUCGGCCGCGAGGAAUUGACCGCCGAAGCACUCACGCAGCUGAUCGCGGGGUCGGACACGACGAGCAACACGGCCUGCGCGAUCCUGUACUACAUCCUGCGCACUCCCAACGUGCUCGCCAAACUCCAGCGCGAGCUGGACUCCAACAUCCCCGCGGGCGUCCCCUCGUACGACAUGGUCAAGGACCUGCCCUACGUCGGGUACGUCAUCAACGAGACCAUGCGCAUCCACUCGACCAGUUCUCUCGGGUUGCCGCGGUUGACGCCCCUGCCAUCACCGGAGAACCCCCACCCAAAACCCGUGGAGUUGCUAGGCUAUACGUUCCCGCCUGGCACCGUGCUGUCCGUGCCCGCGUACACGAUCCACCACAGCAAAGAGAUCUGGGGCCCUGAUGCCGACGAGUUCGUGCCCGAGAGGUGGAGCGACGACCGGUUGACGCCGCGCCAAAAGGAGGCGUUUAUCCCCUUCUCCACGGGCCCGCGGGCGUGCGUGGGCCGCAACGUCGCGGAGAUGGAACUCAAGUGUAUGGUUGGCACCGUUUUUCGGAAUUUUGAGUUCCGCGAUGAGCACGUCGGCGAGAUGGAGACCAGGGAGGGGUUCCUGCGGAAACCGCUGGGGUUUCAUGUCGGGAUUCGGCUGAGGAGUAAUGCGUAG